UUUUGAAGGUGAGAUAACUGCCAGCCACCAUCAUCGACAUGAUAAAAGUCGUUGAACGGACAGCACGUCGACACAUUUUAGCACUGAUCGAGCUACAGUGAUCAUCUUCAACAGCAACUGCAUAUUUACUUGCCACCAUGUCCAAGUCACCGUGGAAGAUUUCAGGAAUUCGCGACCCCGACGAAGAAGCCGAAGCUGCCGCUUGGGUCCAACAAGUUGUCGGGGAGCAAUUUCCACCCGUCCCGUACGAGGACAUUUUACGAAAUGGAAUCGUCCUCUGCAAACUGAUCAACCGACUUCAACCCGGAAUCAUUAAGAAGGUCAACACUUCCGGGGGCGAUUACAAAUUUAUCGACAAUAUUCAGCAAUUUCUGAAAGCUGCUGCCGACUACGGCGUCCCAGUCGGUGACUUAUUUGAAGCUCCGGACCUCUACGAACGUAAAAAUAUUCCAGUCGUGACGAAAGCCAUUUUUUCCCUGGGGCGCACGACUUACAAACAUCCCGAAUGGCAAGGGCCCUGGCUUGGGCCUAAACCCGCAGAUGAGAAUCUGCGCCACUUUUCAGAAGAUGUGCUCCGUGCUGGGCAAUCAAUCAUCGGACUGCAAGCCGGUCAGAACAAGGGAGCUUCGCAAGCCGGAUCGAAUCUUGGUGCACAGAGAAGAAUCUUGUUGGGGAAGUGAAACGCUUACUUUAAUUUUACUAAUGAAAAUGUUCCUACUUAUAAUUUUGCGAAAUAGUUUGCAAAUUAUUUACAACUGUGCCAAAAGUGUGUUAUAUGUGUCAUGUUAUCGUAAUUAAUAUGUGUGAAGAAAUAUGUAAAUCUUAUUGCUAUUAUUUUUGAGAUGAUAAAAAUAAAACGAAAAUCAAAUAACAAA